AAUACCUUACACCAUUUCCUUUCCAAAAAGUUUCUUUCGAAUCCACCGGCAAAAAAGACGAGGGAAUCGAAUUAUUUAUCUUCGUGUUGCUGGGUGGUCCAUUUCAUAAUUUAGCUCAGAAUAAGAAUACACAAUCCCCUUGAGCUUUGUUCUUCAACUUGAAGUAUCUCUGUCUACCACUCUCACUCUCUCUAUAUAAACUGAUCAGUGGAUGUAAUACUCCGUACCAUAUUAUAUAAGUGUGAACUUAGUUGAUAUACAUAUAAAUUAUACACAUAGAAAUGGCUCAACUUCACAAGCUUGUAUUUGAAACUGAAAUAAAAUGCAGUGCAGAUAAGUACUUUGGCUUGUUUAGUCACAAUGCAACUCAGUUGCCUGGAUUAUUUCCUAGGAUUUUCAAAAGUGUCGAAGUCAUCGAAGGAGACGGAACUAGCGUUGGCUCUAUCAGGCUUUCGAAAUAUGUUCUGGGGGAAAAGGAAACCACAUCGAAGGACAGAAUAAUAGCGUUCGACCAGGAAAAGAGAUCAAUCACUAAUGAGGUCAUGGAAGGAGAAAUCAUGAAUUAUUAUAAAGCUUUACCUGCUAAAUUUGAUGUGGUUCCAAAGCAGUGUGCUGCUGGGAAUGAGAGCUUCAUAAAAUGGAGUUUGAGAAGGUUAACGACAAUAUCCCUGAUCCAACUGCUUAUAUUGAUGCACUCAAGUUAGUCAUCAAAAAGCUGAAUUCUCAUGUCCGCUGAACACCAUCCGUAUAACCAUUACUAAGAAACCCCAACUACGUAGCCCACCAUAUAUAAUACUCUAUUCGUUCCUUUUAAAUAGGCUGGUUUCCUAAAAUAAAUGUUUCAAAAGAAUAGGCCGGUUUCCUAAUUGGGAAAGUCAAAUGUUACUUUAGUUUUCUGGGAUCACUUUUCUCUUAACUUCUUUUGAUGACAAGUGUCAUGUGGACCAUUUCAUUAUACUUUUUUUGAUGACAAGUGUCAUGCGGACCAUUUCACUUCACUUUUUUUUAUUGAAAAGUGUCACGAGGACCACUAUCAAUGAUUAGUUAUCUAAAUUUCCUUAAUUUUCUCUAAAAACAAAAUCAAUCUAUUAAAAAAGAACGAGAGAGUAGUAUAUUUAUAGAAUAAAAGCCAACUUAAUUGGUUAACAUAUGUACUUUUCAAUCUUUCAGUUUCACUUUGAAUU